AUGAAGUCAUCGGAGAUCGAUCAAGAAUUAUUCACAGAAAGUUACUGCAGGGUAUGCAGUGCUCAGCUAAUAUCGGAAUCACAACGUGUGGCUCAUUACGAGAGUCGGAAACAUGCAAGCAAAGUUCGCCUUUACUACAUGCUCCACCCCAUCGAUGGAGGAUGUCCUGCAAAGAAGCUUCGGUCAGAAAAUGGUAAUGAUGAGGAGUCUGUGGAUAAGAACAAGUGCUGUACGCUCUGUAACAUGUCAUUUACCUCAGCGGUGGUGGCUGAGUCACACUAUCAAGGGAAAAUCCAUGCCAAAAGAUUAAAACUCUUGCUAGGAGUGCAGCCGACUUUAAAAGCCACCGAAACAAACCUGAGUUCUCUUAAGGAGCCACAGGUGGACAGCUCUCCAGCAGUGUCUCCACCCCAUCAGAGAAGAGAUUCUGACAGGUAUUGCCAGCUCUGUGCAGCUUGGUUUAACAACCCAAUGAUGGCACAGCAACACUAUGACGGAAAAAAGCACAAAAAGAACGCAGCCAGGGCUGAUCUGCUAGAGCAGCUAGGGAAGACAUUGGACCUAGGCGAGGUAAGAGGUAAGAGAUUUUAG